UCCCAAUGAUCAUAGACUGUUAUAUGACAUAACAUUCAAUAUCAUAGAUCUACUUUAAUGUAAGAAAAAUGGCUACUUGGGUUGAAGACGAAAUUGGACGAAAGUGGGAUCGGUGUUUUACGGAUGCUAUAUUUAAAUUUGGAGGAGGAAUUCUUCUUGGUGGAGUAUUCUCCUUAUUUUUUUUCAAACGAAGAAAGUGGCCUAUCAUAACUGGGGCAGGUUUUGGAUUAGGUAUGGCAUAUGCUAAUUGUCAAGAAGAUUUGAAUUCAGCCAUAAGACAACAACAAAAAAGGGAUUGUAAUAAAGUAGAUGAAGGAAAAAAAAAUUCUUAGCAAACUUUCUGUAAAAACAAAUUGUUAUUCUGUUAGCAGGCAACAUACAAUAUAUCAAUAAACUAGACGAACUUGUAUUAUAGUGUCAUACAAAAUAAACUUUUUCAUAAUUUUAA